GCUAGUUGGCACCGUUUGAUGACGUCACGGUCAUUGACAGAGAAGCCGCGGCCUUCGCCACAGUAGCUAGCGGUAGUAAGAGUGAGUUGAGGUCCAGACAGGCUGGGGCGCCUUCAAAGGGCGCGGCGGGAAGGCCAGGGUUUUGUAGCCAGGGCGGCGGGUUUGUGAUCUGCAGUGUCGUGAGGCUGGGGGAGGAGUUUGGAAGCCCAUCGACCUGACUCCGGUGUAGCAUGUCUAGUCUGGGGACCUUGGGUGGCGCCCGCGCCGGGCUAGGACUGUUGCUGGGCACCGCCGCGGGCCUUGGAUUCCUAUGUGCCCUUUAUAGCCAGCGGUGGAAACGGACCCAGCGCCGCGGCCAGAGCCAGAGUCAGUCCAACUCUCUGGACUACACGCAGACUUCAGAGCCUGGACGCCAAGGAUCUUCUCGUCCCUCUAGCCCACGGGCAUCGCUGUCUCCUGUCCUCCGUCCUCCAGUCAGGCCGUUGCGGGCAGUCCCGGGUGAGGCUGGUGAUGCUGCAGUGCUCUCAAGCCUCCCACGAGGACAGGAGGUGGUACUGGACCGCCUGGAGUUCGUGCUGACCAGCCUGGUGGCGCUGCGGCGGGAGGUAGAAGAGCUGAGGAGCAGCCUGCAGGGGCUUGCUGGGCAGAUUGUGGGGGAGGUCCGAUCACAUAUGGAAGAGAACCAGAAAGUGGCUCGGCGGCGAAGGUUCCCAUUUGCCCGGGAGAGGAGUGACUCGACCGGCUCCAGCUCUGUCUACUUCACGGCCGCCUCGGGAGCCACGUUCACGGAUGCCGAGAGUGAAGGCGGUUACACAACAGCCAAUGCUGAGUCUGACUAUGAGCGGGACUCUGAAAGGGAGAGUGACGGUGACGGUGAAGAUGAAGUGAGCUGCGAGACCGUGAAGAUGGGCAGAAAGGACUCCUUGGACCUGGAGGUGGAGGUGGAGGUGGCUUUGGGUCCGGAGCCUGAAGCCCUGGAGGCUGGAGGCUCCCCUGGCCAGGAAGAGGUGCUGCCGCUCCUGCAGCAGGCAGACGAGCUGCACCAGGGCAGUGAGCAGGGCAAGCGGGAGGGCUUCCAGCUGCUGCUCAACAACAAGCUGGCGCAUGGAAGCCGGCAGGACUUUCUCUGGCGCCUGGCCCGGGCCUACAGUGACAUGUGUGAGCUUGCCGAGGAGGCGAGUGAGAAGAGGUCCUAUGCCUUAAGUGGUGAGGAUUCUGACCAGCAUUUGGGGCUGGUGUCUGGACUCUUGGUGGCAACAACCGCCUUUCCUUUUCCUUUUGAUCAUCUCUUAGUACUAAUAGCCAACGUGAACCCUGAAGGUGGAGAUGGAGCAGUGGUUGGAGAAGCAGCUAUGCCCACACCGGUCUGGCUCCUUGUAGCACCCCCGGACAGAUCUGUUCCUUCUGGAGAAGCUGGACCAUCAGGAGGCUGCAGGAACUGGUUGCCUCGUUCUUCACCCUUAUUUCCCUAGUGAGUGAGUGCUCUGAAGCGGGCAGAGUGAAGUCCCCUAAAAGACAGUGUCCCUCAGUGGUAGAGCCACAUGGUUCUUCUGCUUGGAUAGGGGAAUUGUAGGGUUCUCACCUGUUCUCUUUAAAUGUAUUUGUUGCAUAUACAAAAUUAUACCAUGAUUACUAUCUCUUAUACAUGAGGAAACAUUUCAGAUUAGCCAGCCUAUCACCUCAACACGUUACUUUUGUUCCAUUCCCUGUGUUCCCUUUCAAGCCCUCACCAUUGAAAAUUUCUUUUUAUUAUUUCAAAUUUUUAUUAUACAGUUGACUUAACAAUGUUUCAGAGGUACAGCAAAGUUAUUCAGUUAUACAUAGAUAUACUUUGCAGAUUCUUUUCCAUUAUAGGUUAUUACAAGAUAUUCAGUAUAGUUCUCUGCUACACAGUAGGUCCUUGUUUAUCUAUUUAAUAUAUAGUAGUUCAUAUCUGUUAAUCUCGAAUUCCAAAUUUAUCCCUCCCCUUGGGUAACGUUUGUUUUCUCAGUCUGUUUUGUAAAUAAGUUCAUUUGUAUCAUUUUUAAAAAAUGUUUCACACGUAAGUGUUGUAUAUUUGUCUUUCUCUGUCUUAUUUAUUUCACUUAGUAUGAUCUCUAGAUCUGUCCAUGUUGCUAAAAAUGGCAUUAUUUCAUUCUCUUUUACGGAAGCCCUCUUGAUUCUAAUCAGAUGUCCCAUUUCGCAGUGUUCUGUUUUCUCCAGUGUGUAGGUGUAACGGUUCUCAUCUGGAGGGCUCCAGCUCCUUGACGUUCUAGGGGACCCUUGUCAAGAGCCUGCAUGUGUUUAGGCCUUGAUUUGUUAGUUUUGGUGCCUGGAAAACUUGGGUAAGGACUACAUGAAAGUCAUCCUUGGUCAGAUGCCAGGUCAUUUGGCUCUAGUGAGUUCUGGCCCAGAGCCAUGGUUACUGUUCCUAGAUCAUGGUCCUCUUGAGAAUCCAAUCAAUCUCCAAUCUUGAGAAUCCAAAGCUGUGGACCCUCUCAAGAAAAUGGACUUAUGCCUAAUAUUUCAGUGGGAUUUCAUGGACACCCUAAGGCCUAUCCACAGACCCCAAAUCAAAAACUCUCCAGG